UCUCCGCAGCCUUUCAGGAUGAGAUUCGAAGGUGCCUUCGCAAUUCUGCUGGCGCUGUGUGCCAUCUCUUAUUUCCCGGGAAGUUUACAGAGGAGUGUCAAAGGAAAUGCAGACAGACCAUUGAUGUAUGAAGAGUUAAACGAUGCACGGUGGCAUGACUGGCGAUUAGAGGUGAUUUCAUCACUUGGAAAAGCCACAUCGCUGACAGCCAGGCGCACUGACGGCGCACUGUCGUCAGCCGCGCCCACCGACCCACCGUCGUCAGCCGCGCCCACCGACCCACAGUCGUCAGCCGCGCCCACCGACCCACCGUCGUCAGUCGCGCCCACCGACCCACCGUCGUCAGCCGCGCCCACCGACCCACCGUCGUCAGCCGCGCCCACCGACCCACCGUCGUCAGCCGCGCCCACCGACCCACCGUCGUCAGCCGCGCCCACCGACCCACCGUCGUCAGCCGCGCCCACCGACCCACCGUCGUCAGCCGCGCCCUCCGACCCACCGUCGUCAGCCGCGCCCACCGACCCACCGUCGUCAGCCGCGCCCACCGACCCACCGUCGUCAGCCGCGCCCACCGACCCACCGUCGUCAGCUGCGCCCACCGACCCACCGUCGUCAGCCGCGCCCACCGACCCACCGUCGUCAGCCGCGCCCACCGACCCACCGUCGUCAGCCGCGCCCACCGACCCACCGUCGUCAGCCGCGCCCACCGACCCACCGUCGUCAGCCGCGCCCACCGACCCACCGUCGUCAGCCGCGCCCACCGACCCACCGUCGUCAGCCGCGCCCUCCGACCCACCGUCGUCAGCCGCGCCCUCCGACACACCGUCGUCAGCCGCGCCCACCGACCCACCGUCGUCAGCCGCGCCCUCCGACCCACCGUCGUCAGCCGCGCCCUCCGACACACCGUCGUCAGCCGCGCCCACCGACCCACCGUCGUCAGCCGCGCCCACCGACCCACCGUCGUCAGCCGCGCCCACCGACCCACCGUCGUCAGCCGCGCCCACCGACCCACCGUCGUCAGCCGCGCCCUCCGACCCACCGUCGUCAGCCGCGCCCUCCGACACACCGUCGUCAGCCGCGCCCACCGACCCACCGUCGUCAGCCGCGCCCACCAACCCACCGUCGUCAGCCGCGCCCACCGACCCACCGUCGUCAGCCGCGCCCACCGACCCACCGUCGUCAGCCGCGCCCUCCGACCCACCGUCGUCAGCCGCGCCCUCCGACCCACCGUCGUCAGCUGCGCCCUCCGACCCACCGUCGUCAGCCGCGCCCAUCGACCCACCGUCGUCAGCCGCGCCCACCGACCCACCGUCGUCAGCCGCGCCCACCGACCCACCGUCGUCAGCCGCGCCCACCGACCCACCGUCGUCAGGCGGGCCCACCGACGCACCACCGACAGGCGGGCCCACCGACGCACCUCCGACAGGUGGGCCCACCGACGCACCUCCGACAGGCGGGCCCACCGACGCUUCUCCUACAGGCGAGCCCACCGACGCUUCUCCUACAGGCGAGCCCACCGACGCACCUCCGACAGGCGGGCCCACCGACGCUUCUCCUACAGGCGAGCCCACCGACGCUUCUCCGACAGGCGGGCCCACCGACGCUUCUCCUACAGGCGAGCCCACCGACGCACCUCCGACAGGCGGGCCCACCGACGCUUCUCCUACAGGCGAGCCCACCGACGCUUCUCCGACAGGCGGGCCCACCGAUGCACCACCGACAGGCGGGCCCACCGACGCACCUCCGACAGGCGGGCCCACGGAUGAACCUACGGGUGGGCCCACAGAUGGUCCUACGGGUGGGCCAUCUGAUGCCCCUGCAUCCACACCAACCCCAAACAAUUCUUUGUCGUUUGCAGGCAGCUCAUUUGUGGUAGUGAGUGCGACACUUCUGACUCUGGCAGUCUCUUGGGGCUGAUGAAUUGAUCUCACGAAUGGAAUUCAUUAUUUUUUAAUUUGUUCAUUAUCCUGCUAUCUUGAUAGUGUUAUUGUGGUUUUGAGAAACAUUCUGUUCUUAAUAAAACUUCACGUAUUAUCUUCACGUAUUAUUUAUCGGGAAUCUUUGCUCCUUUAUGCUUAG